AUGAAUGCAAGUGUAUCUACAGCUGCGAAGAGGCUCUCCGGUGUGUUCAAUCUAGAUAUUCAAUCAAGAAUUGAUGACAUUACCGAGCGCCUGCAAGACAUUCAAGCCCGCACUCAGUUUUUGGGUCUGUCGGUAGUACACAUCACUCAGCAACAGCCACACCAAACAGAAGCUCAUCGAAGCACAAGAGAGUCAACUUCUUUGCUAAGUGAGUCAGAGGGAGGAAUUGGCAAGACGACCUUAGCUCAAUACGUAUACAAUAAUGAUGAGGUGACUUCUCACUUUGAUUGGAAAGCAUGGGUGUGUGUCUCAGAUCUGUUUGAUGUAAAACGGAUAACAACCAUUAUAAUCAACUCAGUCACUAAACAACAAGCGGGGGAUUACAAAGAUCUGAAUCAGGCACAAGAAAAGUUGAAGGAAUUGGUAGUAGGCAAAAAGUUCAUAAUCGUGCUUGAUGAUAUUUGGAGUGAAAAAUAUGAAGACUGGGAGCGGCUACAAGUUCCUUUCAAGCAAGGGGGUAGAGGAAGCAGAGUCAUUGCUACAACUAGAAUUGAAAAGAUUGCAAAAAUGAUGAUGAAAAAUCCAACUCCAGGCGCCAUCAUCCGGUUAAAGGGGUUGUCAAACUAUGCUUGCUGGCGUCUUUUUCUGCAGCAUGCUAAUGAGGAUUCUGAGCUUGUUGAGAUGCGAGGUGAUAUUGUGAGGAAAUGCAAUGGUUUGCCGUUGGCGGCAAAAGCUCUAGGAGGUCUAUUUAGAACGACCGUGGAGAAGAGUCGGCGCCAGUGGAUACUAGAUAGCAAUAUUUAG